AAAGGUCCUCUACUAACUUUAUCCUGGGACGAAGCCCAUGUACUUACCGAAAAACAAUUCAAAGACCCCAAACGAUCCUCGAAGUGGACCCAAUUCAAUGAAUUUCGUCGAAUAGACCAAGUCUCUCCUCACUCGAGAUACGACCCAUCUCAGAGAAUUGAAGGCGGAGCACUCCAACUCCCAGAUCCCUUUAUUAACCUUGGAUUCGACCAGUUUGCAAGAGAUAAAGUGGAUCCGAUAAUAGGUUUCAACCUUUCGGAUGCCGUAAAGACCGAAUGGAUGGUGCAAUUCGGCCGACCUCUCGACGACAUGCGGAAGCGCAUAGUUGACUUUGCCCAGGAAAAGCUACUCUGCAGUGAGAUCCCUAAGGCCCAUUAUCUCCCAACUCGAGAGGAGAUAUUAGCGAUUAUGGGCCUUCGAUUGGGCCUUACACUAGAUGCGCACAACAGGUCUGAGGCAGAUGUUGCCAAACAACUUGUAGAACGUCAUCUGCGCGUGGUCAUGCAGAUGACCACGAACUCAAGUACAAUCAGGACAAUUGCACCAUCUGAGCCUAUACUUGCAGAAGCAUCAUUUAGAUUGAUGAGGUCCUUGAAAACGCUCAAGUGCCACCCAGCACAAGCUCUGCACCAGGUCAUUGGAGACUCACUCCAUGCAAAAGGGGAGAGGGGAGAGAUUAUUGCUACUCUUUUGCUCUUAUUGGCGAGAGAUGCGGUGGCAGAAAGGAAAGAUUCAGCCAGGAUUUUGGUGACAGACUUCUUGGUUGAGUUGUUGGGUAACCAG